GCCGCGUUAUGCUAUUUUAUUCUAAGCUUGUAGACACCCUUAGAAGGGCUCUGACCUCCCGCGAUGUAGCUAGUGCCAUAGAGCCAUCCGUCUCUGACUAGACACUUCAACUGUAGGUUUUUCCUGAGCGAGCACACUCACUAAAUGGAGCCAGUUGUGUGUUUACUAUUUGGAACGAACAACCACUGGACUGGAGCAUGUGCAUAUGGAAUGAAUUGACAAACAAACUGCCAAUCGUUUUUCUUUUUUUGAAUCUAAGGUGGUGAAAAUGCCUAUCAAGAUGUGCUGCCAACAUGGGUAGCAUAUUUUGAAUGACCCACAACCCCUAACACUUACCCUAAAAUGGCACUGGGAUGGCCAUCCUCAGAGUAAUGCGGAUGAUUGUAGUUAUGGUGCUCGCGCUGUCAGGAGUAUCUCGCGCCGCAGAGUGCGAGUGGGGCGCGCGCUUGUGUAAACCCGAGCACAUUUCCACGGAAGCCUGCAGUCUGUGGAUUCCAGUCUCGUGGCGUAACGGGGCCAUCGAGGUGCAGGAUCUAGACCCCAGUGUACAAGCCAUAAUGGAAACUUUAACCGACCAGCCUGUGGAUACACAUAAAAACAAAUUUAUGGGAUUUCCAUAUUACAUCAGAGUAGACCUGCUGUGUGGUUCCAAGGAGUCUUCGGCGAAAGCCAUGCUGGACGGUUUAUUGACUGGUUUGACUCCAAUAGUGAUUGUGAGGUUCCAGGAGUCCACACACCCCACUCGCCUCAAACUACUGAGACUGGAAGUGGAACUCAAAACCGCCCCAUUAUCAGACAGCGCACCCUGUGGAAGUAAGAUGUGUCCGUUUGGCUGGUACGCCCCAAUGCCCAUCAUCAAUGGUUCAGUGGUGUACAGGCUGAAGGUUAAAUCUAAUGGAUUUGGUUCUCAGGAUGUACCUGAGAAAAGCUUUACCAUAAAUGUGAAUGGCUAUGUGCGUGCUACAGAGAAAGGAAAGACUGAAACAUCCUUUGGCAAUGAGAUACAGGAUCUAGAAGACAUGCUGAGGGUUGGUAGUCCAUCUCGUCCACUUUGGGCUGCAGUGGACCACACACCUGUUCUCUUGUUGCCAGGCAUACCAGGCUUAAAAGCUGUGCUCAUGACGGCUACGGAGUUUCAGUUCACAUCACUCAUCGAGGUGAAUAUAGAGAGCCACUGGUCAGGCUCUUUGAGUUGUCCGCAGGUAGAAAUCUCUUCUAUGAUUCAGGAAGCGAUAUCUACAGAGAGCUCACUAUUUGUCAGGCACAAUCAACAGUUAUACCGUUACCUUGGAAACUAUUCACUUCUACCCCUCAAAGUGCCACCAUCAGAUGCAUGGGAACAAGUAUUAAGGUCAGUCUGUGUGUCUGGUUUGGUACCAGCGAGUGUUCCUCAUCAUGGAAGAGAGUACUUCUAUGUUUCGGGGGGAGGCUUGCAGAGUGGAACCCUCCACCGUGCAGAGGUUUUCGAUGGGGAUGUGACCUUUACGGAGUUGGUGGAUUCUUUCGGCCACACCGCAUGCGAGUUUUUGACUUCUCUAUGCUGUGAUAUGAAUUGUGAAAGUGAUAAGAAUUGUCCCAGCUGCCAGGUGCGUUCAGCAGCCCUAUAUGCUCAACAAAAUGUGACUGAUAUCAUCCUAGUAGAAUUGCUUCCACAACAAGACCACAAGCAUUCAUACAUACUGCUCACACUAGACAGUGAUUUUCACAUGGGUGACCCUUUACCUAAGUUCAUCCCUAAUGAGCACAAGGAGAGCAGCUCUGUAGAGCUGAAGCUCAAUGGAAUGACGUUUAACCCCAGCACAGGAAUCCUGUACAUCUGGGGCAACACACUUAUCUGCUCAUAUGUGCUCACUUGGGAUGUUGGGCAGAGUUUUCUGUUCUUCAGAGGAUUUCCUUUGGAGCAGAUGAUAAAAUAUUUCACUCUGUCCUAUGAUGGAAAAUUUGCCUUUGUCACUGAACAAGAGGAGCUGUGGUGGGGUCAGGAAAGAACAGAUUCUGUGUUUCGUUUGCGACCAUCUCAGGGCUGGCAUGUGUUCUCCAGUCUGCAGGCUCUUAAAGGACCUCAUUCUUACUCUGAUGAUUACAGCACACUCACAGUGUUUUACGACAGCAGUAAAGAGUUACAGGAGGUGAUGUACAUGGUGGACUUUGAUGGAAAAGGUUCUAUUGUGAAGAGGAAGCUUCCAGUGCCUGAGAUUCUGUAUUACAGUCAUUUUGCUCAAGCACCACACCAAGCUCAAUACUUGCAGUCAUACAGUCACUUUACAUUUCUGUCUGCAUGUCCCUUUGACUGGGAUUACUUUGAGGAUUUGCCCCAUCUAGAGCGCUUUAACCGAUUGCAGUGGUACCUGGCUAGCCCCCCCAUAGUGACGCCCCCCUCUGGAUUACACACCACACAGUCAUUGGCUGUGUACCAGGGCCUUCUCUACCACCUGCUGCAGCUCCAUGGGCAAAACAUAAUGGUAUUUUACCAGCAGAAUAUACGUAUAUAUGCUUGCAACCUGCUUACACAUUGUAACACUUUUCCGUGGAAAGGAGGAGGCGAGAAGCGAGGUUUCCCGGUUCAGGACAUUAGAGAUCCUAAUGAAAGCUCCAUCUCACGCAUGUGGAAGGAUGAAGUGGCGUACAAGGACUUAUAUUCCUACCUGGCGUAUAUCAGUGAGUCCUCAUCAGGUGUGAUCGUGGACAUGGAAGUCUUUUCACACCCUGACCUGAGCCCAACAUCCACUCUGCCUGAUAGAGUUUACCUAGACCGAACAGCCUCAUUCUCAUUCUCUCUUUACCUAAGAGCCCAGCAGCUCACUCAGGAGCCCAUGGAUAAGGGUGAUUUAAAUCAUAUCAGGUUGUCUGUGGAGGUCUCUGAUUACCGAUAUCUACAUGUGACUCUCAGCAGAUAUGUGAUGUUAAACCAUGAAGGAGUUCUGUAUAAGGUGACAGUAAUGGACAGGGGGAUGUUUCAAGGUCAGGUGUUUCCGGGAGAGUGGCUUCUGUCCUUCAGUGUGCUGGUCAGGAUUGGCAAUUCAGAGAUGAGGUGUUUUCAUCAGACCGACCAUGGAAUGGUUCUCAAGGGUUUGCAGAGUGUGCCUGUUUCUAUUGGUUGUCCUCCUGGUAACCAACUGGUGUUUGAUGUCAGUACCACUCUGCAGGAGUCUGUGCGUCUGAACAAAAGGAACUUUAGCUGCGUAAACCCUGACCCAGUAACACCCUGCUUCUACUAUGACAACUUGUUCUAUCCAUUCUUCCUGAUUCAGGAUCUGGUCUUGGAAAAGUCAUGGAAGUUUCUGGGCAGCUUCACAUUUAAGGUAGUAGGUGGUGGUCCUUAUUCCAAGAAGAACAUUCGUGAAUACAGCUCUGAGGAGGUACUGAGGUAUAACAGCCUCAAUUACAGUUCAGAGGAAGCACUGGUGUGGGCGUUAGAGGGCUUUUUGGAGGAUACACACUCAUUUAACCUGACUAAGGAAGGAUUUGUUAUUAUGAAUGGAACCUGGAACAAUGGAAUCAGGUGGCUUUGUAAGAAGAACUCUCCCUGUGGUGAUGUGGUAGCCCAGGAUGCAACUGCUCCACAUUUCUAUUUCAUCAUUGAGGUCUCAAACAGGGAUAUGGAUACGAGCACAUACUGCGAUUACACUUUUCGUUUUGAGAUUCUUGUGCAUGCACUCCACAUUAGUGCAAACAGACAGCUCUUCAACUAUCUGAUGGCUCUGGCAUGCAUCCUUGGUGUGGUGGUGUUUUAUUGCAUGUCACCACAAUUCCUAAUAACUGCAAUUCAGAAUUUUAAAUGCCAUGGACACACACAUGAGUCCAAUGCUCCAGCUGGCACGCCAGUGAUCCAGCUGUUAGAGCACAGAAGUGAAUGAGCCAACACGCAUGCACAAGACACAAACGGUUCACAAUGAUGUCUUUACUCAUUUAAUAUGUUUUUUCCCAAACAAAUGUACUGUGUUAU